AUGAUACGAGAGGAUAGUAAAGGUUCUCUCUUCGGAAACGUUUCUUCUGUUGGUUUCGAUUUCAUCAGUGAGCUCACUGAGCUUAGGGUUUUGUCUCUCCCCUUCAACGCGUUGGAGGUUCUGAAUUUGGCUGGCAAUGAAUUGAAUGGUUCUGUGCCUGGUUUUGUCGGGAGGCUUAGAGGGGUGUAUCUUUCGUUUAAUCAGUUCAGUGGGGUUGUUCCGCGAGAGAUUGGGAAGAAUUGUUCGAAGCUUGAACAUUUGGAUUUGUCUGGGAAUUCGUUGGUUCAAGGGAUUCCGGGGAGUUUAGGGAAUUGUGAGAGGUUGAGGACGCUUUUGCUGUAUUCCAAUUUGUUGGAAGAGGGUAUUCCUGGUGAGUUUGGGAAGCUCAAGAGCCUUGAGGUGUUGGAUGUUUCCAGGAACACUCUCAGUGGCUCUGUGUCGAGGGAGCUUGGGAAUUGCUCAGAGUUGUUGGUUCUUGUGCUGUCAAAUCUCUUUGAUGUUCGCGGUGAUGCUGCCCGUGAUUUUGGGAAAUUAGGUUCAGUGAAUGAUGAGGUGAAUUAUUUUAAAGGAUCAAUGCCACUGGAGGUUUUUUCGCUUCCAAACUUGAGGAUAUUGUGGGCUCCCAUGGUGAAUCUAGAAGGCAGUUUUCAAGGGAACUGGGGUGGUUGUCAGAGCUUGGAGAUGGUAAAUUUGGCUCAGAACUUUUUGAGUGGGGAAUUUCCGAACCAGCUUGGUGUCUGCAAGAGGCUGCAUUUUCUUGAUUUAAGUGGAAACAACCUUACCGGGGUGUUUUCUGAAGAAAUUCCCUGUGUUUGUGGCUUGUCAUCAAUGCAAUUUCCCGAGUUUUACUUCUGUCGGAAGAUUGACUACCUGAAGGACAAGGUUCAACCUUCUUUUGUUAAGGAGCGUAGAGCAAUGAAGAAGAACCUCUUCAUGCUUGAUUACCUUUCAAUUCUGCCAGAAGAAGGAUGGACAAUGAAAGAUGGUACCCCUUGGCCGGGAAAUAACUCACGUGAUCACCCUGGCAUGAUUCAGGCCCUCCUUCUAUGCCCAGCAUACUAA